AUGUAUUAAUAAGGCUAAGAAGCUAUCAUAUAAGUAGAUGAUAGAUUUCUUUAUGACGUUAAGCAAAAGUAGUCUUAUGCUUCAAAAAUUUCAAAGGAUUCGGUUUAUUUUAACAUUCUAGAAAAAGCAUGGAUAAAAAAGCUAGGUGGUUUUUCUUAAGAUUUAUCUUAUCCAGUAGAUAUUUGCAUAUUAGAUUUAUUCAAUGUUCCUGUGAUUUCUAUAGAUUUAAAUAAAAGCUUUUAAUGUGAAAACUCUAAGAAAUAUUUAUUUGAUUUAUUGAAGAAUUACUUAAAUUAAGAAUACUUGGUAGUGGCUACAACGAAAAAAAAUAUUAAAAAAUUUUAGAAUCUUCAUCACUCUCUAAAUUUAUGCGAAGUUCUAAAUAAUGAAAUUUGUAUUUUUGAGGAAACAGGCAACUCUGAUAGCAUAAUUUAUACAACUUAAUAAUUUUCUACUGAAAUUGAGUAUUUAUCAAUAGGUGUUUAAUACUCUCCAAGAAGUAAAUUUUAGUAUGAUAUUGCCAUUAAAAUAUUAAAAAGAGUUUUCUCUAAUUAACUUUUAGAUAUCUUAAAAUGA